AAGAGCGGCGUGCAUGAAGCCAGUGGUUGUUUUACAGCGGAGCGCGUGGUCGUCGCGUCUGGUCAUGUGUUCAGUUUAUCGGGGCUCUGUGUUAUGAAGGAGACAGCGGAGUUUCACUUCUCUCUGAGAGAACCGGUUCUUCGGGAACGCCCAUUGAUGCCGCAGCGGAUUGAACUUUCAGUUUCGAUAUCAGGCUACCACACUGACUUCAAGAUUUUUUGUGCCACAUAGUUUCAGUGCGCACUAAGCAGUGGCAUUUGAGAUCGUUUACGCGCCUCUCUUUUUGACUCUGGCUCGGAAAUUGGUUUCACAUGUUGGUUUUGUUCGGAUAAGCGAUGAAGUCUGUGCUCUGCGCUUUUAUGACGGCUGUGAUCGCGCUGCACCGGGCCGAAAGUCUCAAGAGGACUUAUUAUAUUGCCAUAAGAGAGGAAAACUGGAAUUACGCACCCAGCGGCCGAAAUCUUAUCCAUAACCGGAGCAUCGAGCGAGAUGAACCAGCGUCGACUUUUCUGUUGAAUGGCCCUACCCGGAUAGGGAGUGUUUAUAAAAAGGCUUUAUACAGGCAGUACACAGAUGAGUCUUACUCCACCGAGAUACCUAAACCUGCCUGGCUCGGCUUCCUCGGACCCAUUUUACGGGUUGAGGUCGGAGAUGUCAUAGAGGUGCAUAUGAAGAACUUUGCCAGCAGGCCUUAUUCUCUCCACCCUCAUGGAGUUUUCUAUGAGAAGAAUUCAGAAGGAGCGUUGUAUCCAGACGGCACCACUGGUCGUGAUAAGAGAGAUGAUGCAGUGGCUCCAGGUGAGAGCUACACAUACACCUGGCAGGUCAAACCAGAGUACGCUCCUACUGAAGCAGAUGCCCGCUGUCUCACCUGGAUUUACCAUUCACAUGGAGAUGCACCAAAAGACAUUGCAUCAGGGCUUAUAGGAGCUCUGCUCACCUGCAAGAAAAGCACUCUGGACUCUAGUCAAAAGCGCUCUGAUGUGGAUGAAGAUUUCAUUUUGAUGUUCAGUGUGGUGGAUGAGAACUUGAGCUGGUACUUGGAGGAGAAUAUUGAAAUGUUCUGCUCUGAUAAAGAUGCAACAAACGAACUCAAGAAUAACACAGAUGAGGAGUUUAGAGAGUCCAACCUCAUGCAUUCAAUCAAUGGCUAUGUUUAUGGGAAUUUGCCUGCACUGAAAGUGUGUGUCGGACGUCCCGUGUCUUGGCAUCUCUUCGGCAUUGGUAACGAGGUGGACAUUCAUUCGGCUUAUUUCCAUGGGCACACCCUCGUGGAUCGCAUGCACCGCACAGAUGUGCUUAGUCUGUUUCCUGCCACUUUUGUCACCGCAACAAUGAUCCCGAGAACAGAAGGAAAAUGGUUGUUAAGCUGCCAAGUCAAUGAUCAUGUACAAGCAGGUAUGCAGGUUUUCUAUGAGGUCUCGGCCUGUGGGUCCACAGCCUCUGCAACAGAGGCCCCUGGCAAAGAGAGACGUUUCUACAUUGCUGCUGAGGAGAUGGUUUGGGACUACGCCUCUUCAGGGAUGAACUACAUGACAAAUAAACCACUCACUGAACCAGACAGUGACUCUGAACCGUACUUCAGUCGUGAUGGUGGUAAGCUGGGUGGAAAAUAUCUGAAGGCCAGAUACAUUUCAUACACUGAUGACACAUUUACUACCAAAACACAUUUUGCGGGCUCAGAUGUGCAUCUUGGAAUUCUGGGUCCGGUCAUUAAAGCAGAGACUGGUGAUGUUAUCAUUGUGACAUUCUUUAACAAUGCCACACAAGACUACAGCCUUCAGCCACACGGUCUGCAUUAUGAGAAGGCCUAUGAAGGAGCAAAGUAUCAGGAUGGUACUCAGAAAGCUGGAGCCUCUGUGGCUCCUGGUAAAAAAUUCACCUACCGUUGGAAAGUAAUUGAAGGUCCCUCCAGCAGUGAUCCUCCUUGUCUUUCCUACUUGUACUAUUCUGCUGUUGAUCCUGUUCGGGACACUAACUCUGGUUUAUUUGGACCCAUACAAGUGUGCAAGAAAGGUGUUCUUGAUGGAAGUGGCCAUCAGGGUUGAUUGUUUGAAGA